UUGCCAGACCGGCGGUUCUGAGGAUGCUGUGGCAGGGUCUUUGAGUUCUUCCACGAAAUCCUCUUGUGGGGUGAUGAACCUUGGAGGGUGACAGAGAAAGCGGCUUUGAGGACUUUAGGAUGCAGGACCAGCGACCCUAACGAGGUGUUGGCGGAACCGCAGGUUGUCCUUCCUCGGUUAACUUACAGAGUUCUGCACAGGAGAAUCAGAACCAAAUAAUACCUGUUGACUGAUGAGUCUGUUCUUCUCAGCUACACCUCCAGAAUGUGCUUCUGAGAAAAAUUAAAAAUGGCUCUAUUUCUGGGAUAACUGUUGGAAUGUAGAUCUGCUGUUUGCUCACCUGUUCUCACCUGACCUCAUGUUUUACACCCGUUGUUUGGGAAAUGGCUGAGAUGCCUGGAGUGAACACAAACAAUCUUUUGGAGUACAUUUCUGCGACUAAGUUGGUGUCCUUUGAGGAUGUGGCUGUGAACUUUACCUGGGAGGAGUGGCAAGACCUGAAUGAGGCUCAGAGGACCCUGUACAGGGAGGUAAUGCUGGAGACCUACAGCAGCCUGGUGUCCCUGGGGCAAUGCAUCACCAAACCCAAGCUGAUCUUCAAGCUGGAGCAAGGAGCAGAGACAUGCAUGGAAGACUGCCAAAAUCAGAGCCCUUUAGAUGUCCAGAAGGUUGAUGUAAUUGAGACCAGUGAGGAAAGACAAGACAGACAUUUGCGGCAAGGUGGAAUCACUAGGAAUGACAUGUUAACUAAGGAAAGAGUCACAAUAGGACAUGCCUUUUGUUUCAGUUCCAACCAUAUUUCAAAUUUGAUUGUAAAGAAUACAAGCUCUUUAGGAGUGAAGUUUGAGAAUUUGAAUGUAUGUCAGAACACGCAUCUCCAUAGUAGGCCUGAGAGGAUGUAUGCUAGUGAGAGACCCUAUCAGUGUAAUCAGUAUAGAAAAUACUUUGUCCAGAAGUCCCACCUCACCAAGAAUGAGGUGACUCACACUGGGAAGAAGCCCUAUAAGUGCAAUCAAUGUGGAAAAACCUUUGGCUGGAAAUCAAGACUCACCCAACAUAAGAGAAUUCACACUGGAGAGAAGCCAUAUAUGUGUUGUCAGUGUGGUAAAACCUUUCGCCGGAAGUCAUACCUGACCAUGCAUGAGAUGAUUCACACUGAGAAGCCCUAUCAGUGUAAUCAGUGUGGUAAAAUCUUUGGCUGGAAGUCACUCCUCAACUAUCAUGAGAUGAUUCACAAUGAGGAGAAGCCCCAUAAGUGUAGUCAGUGUCAUAAAAGCUUUGUCUGGAAAUCACAACUCACUAUGCACAAGAUGAUUCACACUGGGGAGAAACCCUAUCAGUGUAGUCAGUGUGGAAAAUCCUUUCACUUUAAGUCAACCCUCAAUAGACAUGAGAUAAUUCACACAGGGGAGAAGCCCUAUCAGUGUAAUCAGUGUGGAAAAACCUUUGGCCAGAAGUCGCAACUUGCUGACCAUGCAAUAAUGCACACUGGGGAGAAGCCCUAUCAUUGUAAUCAAUGUGGAAAAUCCUUUGGCUGGAAGUCAGAGCUCACCAAGCAUGAGAGAAUUCACACUGGGGAGAAGCCCUAUAAGUGUAAUAUAUGUGGAAAAACCUUUGGCUGGAAGUCACAACUCACCUAUCAUGAAAUAAUUCACACUGGGAACAAGCCCUAUCAGUGUAAUCAUUGUGGAAAAAUUUUUUGCUGGAAGUCACACCUCACCCAGCAUGAGAGAAUUCACACUGGAGACAAGCCCUAUCAGUGUAGUCAGUGUGCAAAAUCUUAUCGCCAGAAGUCAAGCCUCACUAUACAUGAAAUAAUUCACACUGGGGAAAAGCACUAUCAGUGUAAACAGUGUGGAAAAAACUUUGGCCGGAAAUCACACCUCACUAAGCAUGAAAGAAUUCAUACUGGGGAGAAGCCCUAUAAGUGUAAUCAGUGUGGAAAAACCUUUGGCCGGAAGUCAAACCUCAGCAGGCAUCAGACCACUCACAAGAGAGGAAAACCCUGUAAGUGUAAUCAGUAUGGGAAAUUCUUUGUCCAGCAGUCACAACUCACCAAGCAUGAGAGAAUUCACACUGAGGAGAAGCCCUAUCAGUGUUGUCAGUGUGGAAAAUCCUUUAACCAGAAUACAACCUUCAAUAAACAUGAGAUAAUUCACAUUGGAAAGCCCUAUCAUUGUAAUCAGUGUGGAAAAACCUUUGGCUGGAAGUCAUACCUCACCAUGCAUGAGAUAAUUCACACUGGGGAGAAGCCCUAUCAGUGUAAUCAAUGUGGAAAAACCUUUGGUUGGAAGUCACACCUCACUAUUCAUGAGGUAAUUCACACUGGGGAGAAGUCCUACAAAUGUAACAAAUGUGGAAAAACUUUUUGCCAGAAGUCACAACUCAUGCAGCAUGAGAGGAAGCACUAUCAGUGUAAUCAAUGUCAAAAAGCCUUUGGUUUGAAGUCACACCUAAGCAAACAUGAGAGAAUUCAUACUGGGGAGAAGCCCUAUUAGUGUAAUCAAUGUGAAAAAACCUUUGGCUGGAUGCCACACCUAAACAGGCAUCAGACGACUCAUAAGAGGAUACUUUUGAAGGUAGAGGAGCUUUCUCAGACAUGA